GGGAGUCCAAUGGAACCCUUCGUCGCAACCCGGAGGAGACAAUCGAGUGCGAUUUAGCUUGAAAACACGAGCCGAUUUCAUUAGAUUGGGUUAUAAAUCAUAUAUUUUCUCAAUAGUCCGGAUUUGAGGCCCUCUCUGUUGUGUUUCAAAUCCGCCAAUUUGCCGUUAACUGCGUCUGUUCGGCCUUGUUUAUACUGUGAGGAGCAGCUUGAAUCAGGGAAGCAGGCCCGGUCCUGUGCGAGUUUAACGGCCGUUUCGGGUCUGGAGUGUGUUUUGUGCGGAUUGGCCCUUUAGCUCACCAAAGAAUAUGACCCAGAUGCAACAAUGACAUCCAGAUUUGGUAAAACCUACAGUCGCAAGGGAGGAGAGGGCACGUCCAAGUUUGAUGAGGUUCUGUCCACUAAAAGAGGGACCCUUAGUACCAAAUGGGGUGACACCACCUACAAGGCCAAGGUGGGCUCCAAGCGCACCGGUGCUCCCAAGAACGACUCUGUCCUGGGGGUGUACAAGAGGCCCCGUCCAUCUGGAGAUGGCUUGGAGGAUCCGUUUGGGUUCGACAGUGAUGAGGAAUCAAAGCCGGUGUCGUCUCGGAGUGGCAGUAAGUCAUCGCCUGCCAAGCCAGCAUCAGCAGAGCCUCCCCAGGCAGAAAGGCCGGGUGUUUCUCUGGACACAGGGAGCAGGUCCAGCCUCCAGGGAGCAUCCCACACUUUUGCAUCCGCCCGAGGUGCGUCAUGGCUGGCCGGUGACAGGAACCAACCCAGGGUGGUGGAGGACACAGCUCGGUUCUUCAACAGCAGCAGCACUAACAUAGGAAAGUCCCAGCAGAGUUCCUUGUCAUUACUGGAGAACCAGCACAGCUACUCAUGGUACCAAAAUGCUUCUGAGAGCGACAAGAAGCCCCUGGCGCAGACAACCACCCUGAAGACAGGGUCCAAGGCAGAGUCCACCUACGACUCCUGGGAUGCUAUCAUGGGUCUCCGUCCGCCCUCACCCAGCCAGGAACCUCGUAACCCCGCCCCCACACUCUCCUGGGCUACAGCAGGUGUCACCACUGGCAACUUUGACCUGGGGCAGACCCGGCAUCAGAAGCCGCCCUCUCCCCCACGGCUCCAGAGCCCCAGCGAGAGUGAGGACCUCGGUGGCGACUCGGACUUCCUUGUCGAGACAUCAGACUACUCCCAGACAUCCUCUUCCUCAUCACUUGUUAGAAACUCUAACUGUCGGACGUACAGGAGGCCUAACAAACAGGGCUCUGGCAAAGCGCAGGACUCCAGUGGCUUUGCCAGCACAGUUUUUGGUGCAGAUCUUCCCAAACCCUCAUCUGACAGCAGUAAUAAGACAACAGGUAGUGGAGGGGGACGGGGCAGGACGAGGGACUACACAGUGCUGCACCCCUCGUCUGUGUCAAUGUGUAAUGUCACAAUCCAGGACCGAGUGGUGGAGGAGUUUAGCAGUGAUGCAGCACCCUCUAGUGGUAGCAGUAGUGCCGGGUCUGGCAGCACAACAGAGCUGGGAGAGGCGGGAUGGCAGCGGAAGAAGACGGAGCAGCAAAACACGAGGUUCAGGCAGACCCAGACCAAGUCAAAGAAGGACAGUAAGCUGGAGCUGUUUGGUUUUGAAGACACAGAUACCCAUCAGGAGGAGAACAGCUCUGACAACACAGACAGCCGAUCCAGUUACAAAAUUAAAUACUUUGGCUUUGACGACAUGAGCGACAGUGAUGGUUCUGACGACGACAGCUCUAAAGAGAGGAGGAGGGCCAAGAAAGCUGCCGUCACCAAGGCAACCCCAGUGGUUACCAUAGAAGAAACACCAGCCUAUGACCCGCCGGAUCCCUUCGAGAGGCUGGAGAGUCGUGAAAGACCGGCAGCUAGGGAGAACAAGAAGAACUCUGAGAGGCAGGAGAGCAGGAUACGAGAAGAUGUCCUGGACUUCUCAGAGGAAGACUUCAGGGUGGUGGCCAGGGCCCCAAGGAGGCCACCUCUGGGAAAAGCAGCUGAGAAGAACCCAGACACCUUACGGAGGAUCUUCAGUGCACACAAGAAGUCUCCCACCAAAGCAGUGUACAACGCCAGACAUUGGACGCUGGAGAGUGAAGAGGAGCCCCCUCCACCUUUCUUCUCACGAUCACAGAUGGCUCCUGCCACAGUCUCAGCUGGUGGACCCAGUAAGGAGCCCUCUGACGCUAAGAAGGAUGAUGGUGUUUUCAAGGCUCCGCCUCCUCCUCCCAAGGUCACCAAGUGUGUCACUUUUCCCACAGAUCCCUACCAGGAGAAUGUCACCACACUUAAAUGCCGCAAAGAGCACAAAGAGCUGUAUACCGUGGUCCAACAUGUAAAACACUUCAACGAUGUGGUUGAGUUUGGAGAGAACCAGGAGUUCACUGAUGACUUUGAGUAUCUGGCUACUGGUCUGAAGAGCGGACAACCUCUCAACACACGAUGCCUUAGUGUGAUCAGCCUGGCUACACGCUGUGCCAUGCCCAGCUUUAGGAUGCACCUAAGAGCCCGAGGGAAGGUGGCUCAGGUCUUCAAAACACUCAAUGACGCCCCACAGCACCCGAACCUGGCUCUGUGUACGGCGUCUCUGAUGUACAUUCUGAGUAGAGACCGCUUAAACAUGGAUCUGGACCGGUCCUGUCUGGACCUGAUGAUCCGGCUGCUGGAAAUGGACCAGGACCAGGGGGGUGGGGCUGUGACAGACUCCACCACUCAGUUCAGCGCCAGGGAAAUCGCCAAGAUGAAGGAGAAGAUCAGGAAGCUCUGUGACACCGUGCACAACAAGCACCUGGACCUACAGAACAUAACGACGGGUCAUUUAGCUAUGGAGACGUUACUGUCCCUGACCUCAAAGCGAGCAGGAGACUGGUUCAAAGAGGAACUCCGGCUACUGGGAGGACUGGACCAUAUAGUAGAUAAAGUGAAAGAGUGUGUUGAUAACUUAAACCAGGAGGAUGAGAAGGAGAAGCUGGGGUCGUCUCUGUGGGGAGCUGAGAGGUGUUUACGGGUGCUGGAGAGUGUCACAGUCCACAACCCAGAGAACCAGAGCUACUUGAUUGCCUAUAAAGACUCGUCACUCAUCGUCUCCUCUGCAAAGGCAUUGAGGAGGUGUGAGGAGAUGAUCCAGCGUUACAGCAGGGAGGUGAACUCAGACGGAGCUGUGGUGGGGAAAGCAGUAGAGAACUGUAUGAGAGCCAUCAUAGGAGUCCUGCUCAACCUGACGCACGACAAUGAGUGGGGCAGCACGAAGACAGGAGAGCAGGAGGAUUUAAUAGUGACAGCUCUGAACUGUGUGCUCAGAGUCCCUCAGUAUCUUCCACAGGAGCAGAGGUUCGACAUACGUGUGCUGGGUCUGGGCUUGUUGAUCAAUCUGGUGGAGUACAGUGCCAGGAACAGGUACUGUCUAAUGGAAAUGGAGAUGGAGGGAGGUCAGGGUCCCUGCGACUCCACCGUCCUGCUCAACCCUCAGCACCAGGACAUCACCAGCACCGGCCCGCUGAGCGCCAUCGCUGCACUCGUACAGCUGUUCCUCCAGCGGGAACGAGCCGCAGUCCUGGCUGAGGCGCAGACUGAUGACCUCAUCAAGGAGGCGCCGAAGCCUGCACUGGACCAGAGCGGGGAGUGGCAGGAGACGGGCGGGGAGAUUCAGUGGGUUGCCAACGACAACAACGUGGAAAAACAGGAUGACAACAAGAAGAAGGCGCAAGAUGAGGAAGACGAGGAGCUGGACCUCAACAAAGCUCUGCAGCAUGCAGGGAAGCACAUGGAGGACAGCAUCGUGGCCUCCUACACAGCACUGCUGCUGGGCUGCCUCUGUCAGGGGAGCCCGUUGAAUGUGACUACUGUGAGAGAGAACCUGCCUAAAGGAGAUUUCUCCAUCAUGACAGAAAUGCUGAAAAAGUUCCUCAACUUCAUGAACCUCACUUGUGACGUCGGCACCACAGGACAGAAGUCCAUCUCCCGGAUCAUUGACUAUCUGGAGCACUGCUAGAGAGAAGCCUGUCUCAUACACACACACACACACACACACACACACACACCCACCAUGACCAUCAUCAUCAUCACCUCAGAUUAAGUUCACUGCUGGAAACAGGCAUUUCUUAUAACGCACACAUCUUCAUUCAUCAUCACCUUCCUGCUCUUCGUGUUGUGAUCAGACCUCCUCGUCAUCCUCCAGUUAAAGGAACAGUCCACUGUUUUUUUUUUUUUGUUUUUUUUUAAGGUUGCAGUGAUGGAAGCUCCAUCAACAUGAUAACUUAAUGAAUUUCCGCUAAUUUGACUUCACCUGAACGUAAAUUUAUUGUCACUUUAUGAGGCAGGAUGACCUCGAACAUCGACACCUCCAACCCUCCCACCAGCUGUGAUCAUAUUUUAUUUUACUUGAAAGAUACAGUCCACUUAGGUGUUUUAUUUUUAAGUUUGCCCUUCUUCUAUUUGUAUAAGUUCCUCAGAAGGACGCGUUUUUUUCUUCACACUUCCCCCUCUCUUGUGAAAACAGCCAUCCUUUGUAUCGAUCAGUGACAGAUUGCAGCGAAGCCGUCAUUUUCAUCAAAGCCUCGCACCCCGCAGCCCUCUGGAGCUCAUGAUCACCAAAACAACUCAAGUGGUUAAAAAAACGGCUCUCCAACAUAAUGACUUUCCUUCUUUCCUUUGAAACCGACGACCUCGGCUCAUUUCCGACCACCUUGUUUCUUUCAUGCUGUAUUCUUCUUCUUCUCUUUUUGCUGCUUUGACCUCUCGACUCUGUCAGAAGGAGGCAGUUUGAGGUUGAGAAAUCAAAAGUAUUGAUUGUUUUCUGGCCAAAGAGCAAAGACAUGGCAAGAGUUCAGGCCCUGAAUUGCAGGCAUUUGUGAAGUUCAGGUGGUAUCUUAAGACAGGACUGCCUGUAGACGUUUGCAUGAGGUCUGUUUGUAACCUCAGAUGUUCCAUCUUUGGAAGUAAGAGCUUUUCUUCCCCUCUUCAUCCUCUGCAGCAAACCAGCGGAUUUCAAAGCAGUUGUUCUUCUUGUGUCGUUAUCAAGAAACAACCGUCUCCCAUCAUGCCAAGCAGACUCCAGUCGCUCGGCACCCAACCGCACACCUGAGACUGAAACAGAAUGACCCUUGAGGUUGUUAAAACUCUCUGGAAACUUUGAACGACCCCCGAACCCUCCUCAAAAGAAGAAACUUUUCUCUUAAAAAAAAUAAAAAAUCGAUCACCCUCUCGCUCAGCAUCAAAGCUUUGUGUCUCGACGGGACCCGAGCCCUCCGGACCAGAACCUGUCCUCCUUCAGCUCCUUUCAAUUACAGUCCGUGUGUGUGCUCUCCACUCAGAGAAGAGCCUUCAAUUACAGCACAAAGGCAGCCGAGAUGCCCCAGUCCGAGAGGUGAAGACGAGCUGCCUCUCUCUGGUUUUGAACUGAACCACCAGCGGAGAGGCUUUCAGAGAUCGAAGUCGAUACUUUUUUUUCUUCCUGUUCAGUUGUUUUUUCCGACGGAAAGACUUGAGCUGUAGCUCUCAAAUCCCAGAGUUCACAGCUUUUAGUUAAACUUUAUGGAAAAAUCGUCCUCUGAUCGUUUUGUCACUUUCAGAUGUAAUCUGUCCAACUCUUUGCAGAAAGGUUUUACUGUGAAGUGCUGCGUUUUUCAUUUCCCUCGCCUGCGCCGUCGUUCCCAGAGUGCAUUACAGCAACCUCAAGAGGAGAGUGGAGGUGCUGGAAAUGUGUAAAUUAUGAAUUAGUCUUGUGUUUUUUCUUCUUGGCUGGAUUCCUCCUCCUAUAAUCAUUGUCCAUCAGUCCAGAAUAGCAACUAGAGAGAUACUCAAAGCCCGUCCUGCAAUGUUUUAGAUGUUUGAAAUAUUUUCACAUUUUCAGUCUCAAAGAGAAAAGAAGAGGGUUGAAGUGCAUCAGCAGUAGUUUGAGAGGAUUUCCGUUUCAGCACCAUGUUCUGAUAAAGGAUGUACAAGUUGUAACUAAUAGGUUUAUUGAUCUUGACAAACCAUUUAUGUUUUAUUGAUCAGUUAUGAGCAUGAAUAAGAAAAAAAACUUUAGGCUGCCACUUUGUAAAAAAUCUGGCUGGUGUAUCCUCCUCCAGCAUGAUACACACGUAUAAAUGUUAAUAAGUUAUUAAUAAAGGGUUCAUCAGUAAUGUGGCUGUAGGAAGAUAUCAGGACAAAGUAAAAGCUGUUUCUGUUAAAGCGGUAAACAGUGGUUUAGUGUUGCAGUGGCGGCAGAAGCUGAGAGAUUGUGAUUUUUAGACCUGCCUCCUGUGCCCACUUCACUCAAACCCCACAGCCCCAGUUUGUAACUCAGACUUUCUGCUCAAGGUUUUAAACCUGGAGCCUAAUCUGUGAUCUGAGAUUACACUGAUGACAUCACUUUGACAGCUUUGGGGAAUAAAACUCAUGUCAGAGCCACAGCAGAUAUAAUCCAAUUUAAUUCACAGGCAGAGUCGUACUAACCCGGACGAGUAAACUUAACUUCAUCUGUAAAAUUGGUGGCGGCUUAAUGGUUUAUAACUAAUUUAUAAAGCAUUAAUAAAUGGUUUAUUAACCAUUAAUAAUGCCAUUAGUUACAACUUAGAAACAUUUUUUUAAGGGCUGCGUUAUUAUUGAGUUCUUCAGUCCAUUUUGUCAGAGAAAGGAAAAUUGUAAAAGAGCUGUCAAAUAUGAAAAAUAUUUCUUCCGUCUUGAAAAUCCAACUUUUUUUUUUGUUUAACAAAAAUUACGCUGGCACUUAAGUUAAAGAAUUGAUGAUUUACUUUGCGAGUUGAGAACAAACAUAAAGUAGAAAGUAAAAAGUGAUGAAAAAGUUUUGAUGCGUUUCCCCAAAAACACUUUUUAAAAUUAUUAUUGACUAGAAGACGCAUUAGUCUCAGCAAAAUAACAUUUUAAAGCUUUCACUUGUAAUUAAUAAUUUGUUCCUAUAACUUGUCCAAAGUGUUUUUCCAUUAAGGCAGAAAAACAAAUGUUUGUUUCUCUCUGUUCCCCCAGAAAAUCUGUAGAUGUUGAGUCUGUAUCUUCGUAUUAUCCAGGAUAAGAGAGACGUGAGCGUCUGGUGGAUCAAUACCUGUUUGAUUCUGUGUUUAGAUUUGAAAAGUGAAGAUUGUUUUGUUUUUGUUUUUUCUUCUUUUGAACAAAGACAAGUUGAAUUUCAUCAGUUGUUAAAGUUAGAAGCACAUGUCAUCAAACAUGCUCAUACCGUUAUUUUGUAAUUGUCUGUCCCUCUGUGAUCAUUAAUGCACUGUCACACGCACACCCACGCACGUACGCAGACACACACACACACAGACAGUUUAACCCUCACACUCCUCUUUUUUUUCUUUUUUUUUUUUUUUUUAAAGUUUACAAGAGCUUUAUUCACAGAUGUCUGGAAGAAUGAAUGGAAGAGCUUUUUGUACAUAGUUCCUGUAUAUAGAUUGAUUUCCUCAUGUAGGAGGAGAGACUGAUGGGUAAUGGGAAUGGGUGGGAUUGCGGGUGGGGUGGGGGGGAUUAAAUUUAAAUUUAAAUUUAGACCGGUAGACUCUACUUUUCUGAACCUGACUCUAUUUUUCAUUUUCUAAAGCCUUUUCUCCCAGUCGUGUUGUUGUUUUGGACAGACAGAGAGCUUAACAAGCCACCUGCAGGAAAACUUGAUCUUUGUACCAAUUUGCAGACUGAUGUCUUUGGUUACCUGUAUAUAAUUUUAAAAUAAUAAAAAUUGCUACUUUCAGUA